AUGGCAAAGGAUAAGAAGAAAGAUGAUAAGAAGACAGAAAAAUCUAUACAUCCUCCUAUUCCUGCACAAGACGCUACAGCUGAGAGUAGUUCAACAAAGCUGACAGACUUGCAGACCUUAGUGAAUAGAGUGGAAGAAACACAGGCAAAUCCAGUGAUAUUGGAUAAAGAACCAAAGGAGUUAGAGGAACCUCCAGUCCAAGAUGUUCCUCAAUACUAUGAGGAGCCUAAUCUUACUGAAGUUAUUGUAAAAAGCUAUGAAGGUGAAAAAGUCCAUGGAUUGUAUGAGGGUGAAGGAUUUGCAUAUUUUGAGGGGGGAAAUACAUAUAAGGGCAUGUUUUCUGAAGGGCUUAUGCAUGGACAAGGGACUUACACAUGGGCUGAUGGAGUGAAGUACGAGGGAACAUUUGUUAAGAAUGUGCAGAUGUUUAAUGGCCGUUAUACAUGGAAUGAUGGCAGCAUUUAUGAAGGAUCGAUCAAGAAUGGAGUUAGGCAUGGAUUUGGAUUUUUCAGGAGUGGUACUCAUCCCGUUUCUUACAUUGGCUAUUGGUAUAAAGGCAAAAAACAUGGAAAGGGUGUCAUUUAUUAUGAUCAGGAACAUACCUCUUGGUAUUCAGGCGACUGGGUAAAUAAUAUCAAAGAAGGAUGGGGAAUAAGAUGCUAUAAGUCUGGAAAUAUCUAUGAAGGUCAGUGGGAAAAAAAUGUACGUCAUGGAAAAGGAAGAAUGAGAUGGUUGACGGCUAAUCAAGAGUAUAUGGGACAGUGGGUGCAUGGCAUACAGCAUGGAUAUGGCCACCACAUAUGGUUUUUGAGGAGAAUGCCUGUGUCCCGGUACCCUUUAAGGAGUGAAUACAUAGGUGAUUUUGUAAAUGGGGAACAGCAUGGACACGGGAAGUUCAUAUAUGGCAGUGGAGCAGUGUACGAUGGUGAAUGGGUUUGUAACAAGAAGCAUGGCAAGGGCAAGUUUGUCUUCAAGAAUGGUCAUGUUUAUGAAGGAGAGUUCAUAGAUGAUAGUAUAGUAGAAUGUCCUGCUUUUCGAGUGGAUGCAAUGAAUGCAAAGGAGAUGAAUGCCAUUUGCACAGGAAGUCAUUUUGGCACUGAAAAUAUCACAGUCAUUAAUGGCUCAGGAAGUACUUCUAUUCUGGGAUCAGAUAUUGAGUUGGAUGUAUCUUCACUGCUUGAUUUGUUGCCAAGGGAAGAGAGACAUGAAGAACUGAAACAAGUAGAAUUUGCCGUGUUGAGACACAUUACAGAACUGAGAAGAGUUUACACCUUCUACAGCGGCUUAGGCUGUGAUCAUUCUCUUGACAACACCUUCUUCGUGACUAAGCUCCAAUUUUGGAGAUUUCUGAAGGACUGCCAGUUUCAUCACUCCAACAUAACUCUUGCUGAAAUGGACCGGAUAUUGAGCGGUGAUAAAACACCACUUGAGGAGAUACAUAGUCCACAUGAGACUUUACUGUUCAGAACAUUUUUAUCUUACCUUAUUCAUCUAGCAUUUCGUAUCUAUCAUGAAGAGCACAAAGGGAAGGGUCCUUAUCUGCCUAAGUGUUUCUUAGAAAUGAUGUCCAGGAAUGUGAUUCCCGCUGCCUGUCGUAUCCAAGGUAUCUUAUUUUCUGAAGAACAAUGUACAGUUUUUGCCAUGAGCUACAUGGACAAAUGCUGGGAAAUAUACAGAGCUUUUUGUAGACCAAGUACCAGACCUCCAUUUGAACCCACAAUGAAAAAGAGGCACUUCCUUUGGAUGUUGAAUGAUUUUAAACUUCUCAGCAAACAAUUAACUACUUCAAGACUUGUGGAAAUACUUGACAAAGGUGGUCCCUCUCUAUGUGAUAGCAGUAUUAUCAACCUGGAGCCAGAGUUGGUUUUUCUUGAAUUUGUUGAAGCUCUUCUUGAGUGCGCGUUGGUGUAUGUUACCAGUGAUAUGAUUAAGGAGCAAGUAGCUUGUGAUAAUCAGAAAAGAAGUAGCUUUAGAAUCGAGAGUCUCUUCGAGGGAACCACAAAUGUGUCUCUGCACCCAGAAUAUUCUCUGUCCCAGCCACUGAGACCUUGUGAAGACGGAGGGCAUCCUCCUCAAGAAUUUCUACUGGAUACUGUCCUCUCAUUUCACACAACUCAUGGAGAUAUCAAAGAUGAUGUAUCAUUGUUCAGCUGGGAUGAAGAAAAAGAACAAGGUUUCUGUCCAGCAAAGGAAUUGGCAGGAAAAGCAGAAGCCAAAACUGAACAAGAUGAGGAAUUUAGUCUGUGGAUGUGUCAGAUUGAAAUCUUUUUUACAACCAAGUUCUUUCCUGCCUACCAGCAUGAAAAAGCACUGAGGAAAAAAAUAAAAGAAAAUCAAAUACGGGAUGCUGAAUUAGCUGAGCUGAGAAAGCGCAAGGAUGAGGAGCUGGAUAGACUUAUUGCUGGAAGAGAAGCAGAAGAGGCAAGAAGGCAAGAAGCAGCUGCAGCAGAAAAGACAUCUGAUUCCAAUACUGCAGAUUGUGAGGAGUUAGAGGAACGUCCUCUGAAGGAAGAGGCACCCACGGUAGCACCCCCACCUGUUACCAAGGUGCCUGCUGGCAAAAAGAAAAAGCAGAAAUAA